AUGAAUUCAAACAAACAAUCGAAUAGAAGAAAGUCUAAAGCACUCAAAUUAACUGUUGUUGAUUUUUGUUCUUCCAAUCCAACAUCAACAACAACUAGAAGAUCUAACAAUGAUCAUGCUGAUGUUGUUGAUGAUAAUUGUAAAGUAAUGACAAGUAAAUAUACAGAAUACUUUUCAAAUAAUUCAAAGCCUUUCCAAGUCAUUUCAUUUCCAUUCAAGCCUUCGAAUACUUGCUCAUCUGGAAUUCAAAAACAACCAAAGAAAAAGAGAAUUGAAUCGCAUCAUGAUGAUCAAUUUGGUAAAAUACAAUUUGGUAAUAAUAAUACAGUUUGUAGUGGUGGCGGAGGUGAUGAUUCAGUAGUGGCAAGCCUUCAUCAAGAUCGAAUUGAAGAAUCGUCUUCUAAUGAUCAGCAGCAGCCUUCAACACCAACUUUAAUUCAAUCAUUACCAUCAAUGGAUAAAAAAAGACAAAGAAGAACCUCAAUUACUAUUAGAGAAUUAUUAAAUUAUGAUGAUUAA